GCUGGAGAAGAUAGUCAGUCGGUGGCACUGUUGCGACAGGGCUGGACGUGCACCGUGGGAAAUGAUCUAAGGGAUCCCGUCCGCGACGAGCCAGCGAGCAGAUCCGUAUUUCAAGCAACCGCAGACAGGGUACAUCGUGGCCAGAAUGUAUUAAGAUUGAGGAAUUCGCGACCUGUCACGCCCAGAAACAUCUAUGGGCCGUAAACGGUGGUGGCGAGGAGGCUCGGAGCUGAUGGUGCUCUUUAUCUUCCAUCACGUUAUUCUGGGCGACGGUAAUGUCGGCUGCCUUUUCAGCAAAAGCCUCUGCAACCCCCGAACGGAAACCUGUUACAACGAUUUGGCAUUCGGCAAGUGUCUACCAUUGUACGCUGACCUGAACGAGGACGACUAUUAUCAAUACGACUUCAAUAUAGACGAGCUCGAGCUGCUAAGGCUGCAAUUAGAGAGGCUGCAGAUCGACGGCUACAAAUGGUCACACCCGUACACACAAUGCAUCAUGGUGACGUCUUUGUACAAUUUGCGUUACGGAAAAAAUUACGACUUAGGACUGUGUCAGCGUCUGAAACAAGUCACGGACUUCGAGGAUGACAAUGUGAUUGACCAUAGAGUACCCACGAUAGCCAUUGUAAAGUUUACGCCGAACAACGGCAAUUCCGUAACCCAGUACGGUAAUGAGUUAUACUAUCCCCCGGGAACUCGUGAACAGUAUACUCGAGGUACUCUCUAUAACAAAGAAUUCACGCAACCAUCGUACAAAGAACAGAUGAAAAAUUUUCCGAGGAUACACGAAUUAAGGUACGCUCAAAGCCCGUACAAGGAAUACGAGCCCUUAAUCAACGAGGAGAACUACGACGACCAUGAAGACGCGGUCCGAAAGAAAAGCUUCGAAAGAAUUAACGAAAGGUUGUAUCGGACCAGAAGGCAACCGUACAACAUGAGGAAUUACGAUGACGACGCUAUCAAAUCCAUAAAGUAUGCUCUGGGCGAAGAGGUGAAGACUGAUUACCCUAGACAGGAAGACAUGAGCACCGACGACGCCCUACCGAUCGAGGAAUGGGGAUUUUUAAUCAACAAAUCUCCUGACGAUUAUUACAAUAAAAAGGAACCGGACGCCGAUGUCGAUGUCGAGUAUGAGAAGGCUUUCUCUAAGAAGUACAAGCAUCCUAGGAAGUUCGCACGUUUCUCGGAUAAAGACGAGUUUCUGUUGGAAAAUGUGAAACGCAAUUCGAACAAUGAUUACAAUAGCGACGAUUACGAAGACAUUAAUGGAGAGAUCGAGCUACCGGACGCACCUUCUUUGGAGAACGUCAUGUACACUGAGGGAGGCGUUGUGCAGCCUGCCAAUGAUAAAUCUGAUUCCGAUGCGGACGAAAAUGCAUACGACACUCUGUUCGACAAUGACCUGAACGAGAUUCUCUGGAGACAAGAAUUGGCUGGCUUUAAGAGGAGGGAACGAUUGGAUGUGAAGAAACCGGGGCCUCCUUUCUCGACCAACAACUAUGCAUUCAAAAAUCAAUUACAAUCAGGCGAGGAAAAGGAGAAUCAUUCCGAUUCGAGCGAAACAGAACAAGAUAAUGAAGAGUUACUCGCACCCUUCGUGAAGAAAGAAGUAGGAAACGGUCAACCGGACGAGACAUCGACAAAAUCCUAUCGCAACGUUGAUCUAGAUCAUGUUUAUAUCGAGUUCCAACAACCCUUUCACACGUGGCAAGAAGCUGAACAUGUAGUCAAGGAGGUGGGUAAGCUGCUGGAACUGGCGCCAGGAACGCUGAAGGAUAUCCGAGUUGGUCGUGCGGAAGUGACGUUUAAAGUCGUGAAAAAUAAUAAAAAUUACAAUGCUACCGAUGUCGCUCUUAAAAUAGAUAAUAUUCGGGGCAAGCUAAAGGAGUCCCUACGUGUUGAGGUGAUCCGUGCAGGCAUAGGUGACAAGACUAAACUCCCUGCGAUGCUAGAAGUAGCUAGAGCACCUGAGAUGAAUUCAAGCGUGUUCGGUGCACUUGUGGCUGCAGGGGUUGGAGCUGCCGCUGCAGCUGCAAUGGUUACAUUGCUAAUCGCUCGUGGCCUUGCUAAAUCUCGUGCUAAACUGGCAGGAUUAGAUACCCCUGAUCCAGAAGCGUCGAAGGAUUAUCAGGAUUUAUGCAGAGCUCGAAUGCAGGCAAAGCUGCCUACUGAUAAACCGGAGUCACCCCGCGUCGCUAAAAUGACCCGCGAAAGCGAAUCCAAUAAUUUACCAUCGAAUCGGUCUAGUACAUCUUCAUGGGGCGAUGAGCCGACAACUUCUAACAUGGACAUAUCGACUGGACAAAUGGUUCUUAGCUAUAUGGAGGAUCACCUGAAGAACAGAGAUCGUUUAGAUCAAGAAUGGGUAGCGUUGAUGGCUUACGUUGCUGAUCCUUGCUCAAGCGAGGUUGCUCAGAGCGAAGCAAAUGUGAAAUGCAAUCGUCCUGGUGGACCAUUCCCUUACGAUCACUCUAGAGUGAUAUUAAACGAUCUCGCUAACGCCAACAAUUCUGACUAUAUAAACGCCUCCACAAUUAAAUCGACGGAUCAUGAUCCAAGGAAUCCAGCUUAUAUUGCCACGCAAGGUCCUCUACCACAUACGGCAGCAGAUUUCUGGCAACUUAUUUGGGAACAAGGCAGUGUUGUAAUAGUGAUGCUAACCAGACUAACUGAAGAAGGAGUAGCCAUGUGUCAUCGAUACUGGCCAGAGGAAGGAUCAGAGUUAUAUCACAUAUACGAAGUACACCUUGUGUCCGAACAUCCUUGGUGCGAUGAUUAUCUGGUGCGCUCAUUCUACCUGAAAAACUUGCGCACUGGUGAGACUCGAACUGUUACACAAUUCCAAUUCUUGUCUUGGCCCGAAAAUGGCGUCCCAUACUCUACCAAGGCUCUCCUUGAAUUCCGUCGAAAAAUCAACAAGUCGUACAAAGGCAGAUCUUGCCCCGUAGUCGUACACUGCAGUGAUGGUGUUGGUCGUACCGGUACCUAUUGUUUGAUCGACAUGGUUUUAAACCGGAUGAUGAAAGGAGCUAAGGAAAUCGACAUUGCAGCUACUCUAGAACAUAUUAGAGACCAAAGACCCGAUAUGGUUGCAACAAAACAACAAUUCGAAUUUGUUCUCAUGGCCGUGGCAGAAGAAGUACAUGCUAUUCUUAAGGCUUUACCCGCACUUCCUGCCGAAAAGUCUCCUCCUGCAGGAAACAAUACUUCCAUGAAGGAGAGUCAAUGAGAUUUGAACACGAGAUCCUGAAAUUGCAGCCGCGGCGAGCAAAGGCAAAGUAUUAAUUACAAUCUAUAUCAAAAGAAAAAAAAAUGGCCAAACAUUUUUAGUCAAUCAUCUAAGAGUCUAGAAUCACUGUUAAUCUUUCAUUUUUGUAAGUUACUUCUGUGAGAUGCUUCUAACACAUUGUAAAUUAAAAUUUACAAGUCCCCAAACAAGUAUUCGUUGAAAGAUCAUAAAACAUUGAUGAUUAUAAAUUUAAUUUAAAGAUUUUGUUGAUUAUAUAAGGUGAUGAUAAUGAUACGUACAAACUAUAUGGCCGUACAGAUACUUCAGGGAGCAGUGUCAAUCUGUAAAAUUUCUUGUGAAUCUCAUUUUACUACGGCCUACUUGGACAUUUUAAGUACAAGCAUAUGGAUUCGAAAGACUGAGCUAUGCAGCUGGAAUUCUAAAUAUUGGCUAAUGAUGGAAUCAUUUGUACUAUGUAUUCUUGUAAGAUUGUCUCUACAGAUGAUUCUUGUAGUGAAAUCCUAAAUCGAAUUUUCAAAUCAUUUUUUUAUAAACACAAAUGCUUAUAGCACAUUAUGUAGCUCAGUCUUUACAUACUUUAUUUUGUUCUUGAUCUCGACAUCAAUAUUAUUUAAGUGAAAGUUAUAUUGCUUCCUCUCAUAGACGACUUCACUAACGUGCUUUACAAUAGCUUUAAACAGAGUAUUGAAAUAUAUUGCAAAGUAAUUAACAUUACAUAGUUCUAUCUGCUCAGUCAAUUCUAUCAAGCAUACAGGGCGUGAAAGUUCGUAUUCGUUAAGUUUUGUCCUACUGAGGUUCGACACGUAUUUAUUUCAUUAAGAAGAUUUAUUCCUUACUGUAAAAUUUAAUUAAAAACACUUGUUCACGACUUUUUAGUUCGAGAAGUGAGUACUGAGAACAAAGUUUUAGAGAUUGAAGCCAGAAUUUUUAUACUAUUGUUAAAUAUUCGAAUAUUUACCGUUAUAUGUAAAGAAAGACAAACAUUAAACACUAUUUAUCAAUCUGUUUUCUACGCGUACGAGAACGAACGAUCGAGCUGCACAAUAUUCAUGGAAGAUUAUUAUUAAGUGCUUAUCAUAUCAACAAAAAAUUAUAAGAAAAAUAUUUUAUCGGUGUGAAAUAUGAAUCAAUGUACGACCACGUAAAGUAACAUUAAUGUAUUAAAUGUCAUGUGGAAAUGUCGAACAGGCUCAUGGAAUGAAAUGUUUAAUCAUUGUAUCGUGAUGAUAAUGUUUAAGUGGUAUGUAAAAGAAAAUUAUAAACAUACAUGUUUGCACGAAUUGUCGUGUCGAUAUAACAGGUUGUAAAUGAUAAUGCUACACUUGCUUUAAAAAGAUCGUGGCCUUGUUGAUCCUGCAGAUCCAGCCUCCCACAGGGUGAACAGGCUACCUUGAAGGUUCCUUCCUUCUCGUUGUGCAGUACGAUUACUGUCAAUUAAUAUUUUUUUCUUUGUGUUAUACGUUAUGGCGUUACUCUUUAUUUUUAUAAAACGAGGAAUUACGAAAUUAUAAAAAUUCCUAUUGAUAAAACAAACGAUGAAUUAAAUUUAAAGCAAUUGGCUACAGCAAAAAAAGGAUUCGAAACAAGAUACUGUAGAAUACCUUCAUUUCAAUACCGCUUCCAAUUUUAAUAAUUCGACAAAUCAAACGUGAAAGUUUUUAAUUGUUCUUUACUUUGGAACGUUCUCCACUUUGUAUAAAUUAACUCAGUACACUGUGAACGCGAUGCGAAAGUUUGCUUGACCAAAAGAUAAAUAAGUUUCGUUAAACUUUUUUUAGCACAGAUUCAUAUAACAGAUUCUAUAUUUUUAUGCAGAGGAUAAGUCUAUAUAAAACGAAAUAAUAUAGUUAUAUAAAUCUAUACUAUGUUACUCAAAAUGUAAUACUAUAUGUGUUAUAAUAUAAUAAAUCACUCUAUGUUCAAAUCAACACUA